AUGCUUCUAGUCCAAGAAUCAAAACAGAGACCUUUACGUCCAUGGGAUAAGCACAAGAAAACACAUUUGGACCCCAAAGAAAGGAACACGGUUCUAAAUGAUUCUUUUAUCGGACAAGUUACAAAAUGGAACAGCUUAGAGAUCGAUCUUACCCGAAGAAUCGGAAGCGACGGGAUUCCGGCGAAUGAGGAGCUGUUUGGUUCUGGUAAAUACGGAGGAGGAGACGCCCUAAGCGGCGGUCUCAACGGUGGCGAUUGA